CGCUUUGCAUAUGACAGAUUUGGAGAUUAUGUCAUACCAGAUUAACGUAUUAAAAAGAUUAAUCCCUUAUUUAUAUACUAAUUGAUAAUUUCUUUAUAGUUACUUAUGGUAUUAUAAUUCUAGUUUAUAGAAUAAUGUCUGGAGAUUUAGACGAUGAACUCGUAUUCGGGUCUAUCAACGACCCAAUCAAAGCUCAGCCGUGCGCAAAAGUGACGAAAAUAGAAGAUAUUGAAAAAGAUGCAAAUGUGGUUGAAAAGUCACCCAAACCUAUGAAGUACUAUGAAAGUAAUGCAGGAGAUGGAACCAAAGCUACUGAUCACCAUUUAAAAGGGACAGAGCUAUGGUUCACGCUAGUAUCUUGUUUAGUGACCUUAUUUGUAUCAGCUCUAGAUCAAACUAUCGUAGUCACUAUUUAUAGUACUGUCGGUAAUGAGUUCAAUGCAUUUGAAAGAAUAGAUUGGUUAACUUCUGGAUAUCUACUACCAUUAUGUGUUCUCACACCUACUUAUGGAAAGAUAUCUAUUAUAUUUGGAAGAAAGUUAACGCUUAUGGCUGGAAUAAUAAUUUUUGAAAUAGGUUCUUUGGUUUGUGCUUUGGCAACAAGUAUGGACAUGCUAAUUGGUGGACGAGUGAUACAGGGAUUAGGAGCUGGUAGUAUAACAACAACAAUUGCUAUCAUUGUUACUGAAUCCGUUCCGAUAUCCAUGAGAAGUUAUUCUUUAAGUUUAAUGGCUCUUUCUUAUUCAAUAGCCAGUGUAGCAGGUCCAUUUAUUGGUGGAGCUUUCACUACCCAUGUUACAUGGAGAUGGAAUUUCUAUCUCAACUUACCCAUAGGUGGAGUUUCAUUUAUUUGCUUAAUGUUUAGUUAUCAUCCGCCUAAACCCAAAGGAACUCUAUUGGAUAACGCAAAGAAAAUAGAUUAUUUAGGGAACUUUUUAUUAAUAUCUGGCCUGGUAUUAUUUCUACUUGGUUUAUCAUUUGGGGGUACUCUGUAUCCUUGGUUUUCAGCUGCAGUGAUAGUUAAUAUUUUACUAGGGGUAUUCCUCAUUUUUGCGUUCAUAAUGGAAAACUUUAUAGUAUCUAAGAGUCCACUAUUUUAUAAGGAAUUCUUUACUAUUCCUCAAAUAUUAGCAGCUGGUCUAAGUGGAUUUUUUAAUUAUUCAUUCUUUUUAGGAAAUACGAUGUACUUGACAGUAUAUUUUCAAGUUAUACUUGGUCAUUCUGCAUUUCAGUCGGGGAUAGAUUUAUUACCAUUAAUUAUUAGCGUUACAGUUGCUGCCAUUGCAAAUGGAGUAGUAGUUAAGGUUACUAGAUAUGUAAAGCCUUAUUAUUUAUUAUCGGGAAUUUUUGGAAUUAUUGGAGGUAGUCUAAUCCUAUUAAUAAAUCAGAAAACAGAGACAAAUAAGAGAAUAGGAUAUUUAAUAGUGAUGGGAUUAUCCGUAGGAUUUCAAAUACAGAGCACCAUACUAUCAUGUCAAUUAAAAGCACCAAAAGAUCUAACAGGAUCUUUGAUCUUAGUAACUACUUGGGCUAAUUUUUCAAGAUUUUUAGGUGGAACUAUGGGUAUUAUACUUUCCAGUGUAAUCUUUCAAGCUUAUAGUGAACCCCAUAUAACUGAAGUUAUAGAAAAUUUACCAUACAGAAUCAAAGAACAAUUUGCUGAUCAAUCAGCCCAACAAUUCCUAAGCUCUCCAGCCUCAAUCGGUCAACUUCCAAGUGAUGCUCAACAACAGAUAUUCAAAGUUUUAAUGGAAGCCAUUCAUAGAACUUUCAUAUUUGGAUUGGCAUGUGCGACUACAGGAUUUAUCGCAUCAUUAUUUGCUACCAAUAAAAGAAUUCCUAAAGAUAAAGAUAUUUUACAUAAGGGUGAAAACUCUGAUAUAGAAACUAUUAUAUAA